UCUUCUGCUGUGCUGGCGGUUGGCCGCGCUGGCUGACCUGUCCCUGUGUUGAGUGUUCUACGCCAUUUUGCUGUCGCAUUUCUGCGUGUGUGCGAAGAGGUGAAACGAACGUGUCGUCUGACGAUCUUUUGGUAGUGAAUUUGUUCUACUAAUACAACCUAUUCAACAAAAACCAUGUCACGCUAUCGCGAGUGGGACUUAUCGUGCAAAGUUUACGUGGGAAACUUGGGCAGUAGCGCUAGUAAACACGAAAUCGAGAGUGCGUUCAGUAAAUAUGGACCGCUGAGAAACGUUUGGGUGGCCAGAAACCCACCUGGAUUUGCAUUUGUCGAAUUUGAAGACCCCAGAGAUGCCGAGGAUGCAGUCAGAGGAUUGGAUGGAACGCGUUGUUGUGGCACAAGAGUGCGAGUGGAGAUGUCCUCUGGCAGAAGUCGCCGUGGUGGUGGAGGACGCAGACCAGGUCCCAGAUAUUCCUCUAGGUCCAGAUCCCGGAGUCCGCCCAGGAAGUCGAUUAGUCGCUACCCAAGAUCCUACUCCAAGAGUCCACGAAGAUCGCCGAUUAAUCGAUACUCCAGGUCUCGGUCCCGCUCACCGCGUAGGAGAUCUCUGACAAGAAGCCGAAGCCGAGAUCGCCGUUCACGUUCGGACUCCCGUGACAGACGGUACUAAUCAAACACAAACUUAAAGACAUAACGAAAAACCAAAAAUUCCUGGAACGCAUUUUUAAGAUGAAUUGGAUAAUGAAGCUUUUAGAUUUUUUGUGAUACUUUUUGUUCUUCAUUUACGGCCACGUUCUGCGCAGACCGCAAUUCGCUUCUUUCAUUUGCCUGUAUCCAAAUUUUUUGUUCUCAGCAUAAACUUCUUUCUUUAGAAAAUUGCGUUCUACUAAUGCGAAAUCAAAAUAUUGGAAAUAUCGAUAUUGUUUACUGAUAUAUCGAUAUUGUAAAUAUCGAAACUUUGUAUUUUCCCUCUAUUAUGUGUUUUUAGUGUGGGAAAUUGCUAUUUUGAAACCGAAACUGGACUCUUUCCAUAUGAUUUUGGACAGUUAGACCCUGGCAAUGUCAUGGCAUCUUUUUUAGGCUGAAAUAUAUUUUUGCUCUAGGCAAAAUAUGAGACGUAUAUAUAUUUGUAAACGUUUUGUCAAACUUAGGGUUGUAAAUGGGAAAAAAUACCAAAUUAAUUUUGUGGGGGGGGGGGGGGGCUUUGUAGUUCUGUCUACAAUAUCUCAAAUCUCUUUCAACAAACUGGAUAAUUUUUGAGAAAACUAUAAACGAUUUUUGGCUUUAUUUGAUUUUAAAAUCGUAGUAUUAUGCGGGAUACAGCCUGUAAGUUUCGUCCUCGUUAAGCUAUUCCUUCAUUUAUAGAAAAACUUAUCGCUUUGUAAGAUAAAAUAAAUGUUUCACACUAUUAAUUCUUUUUUAAACAUUCAUAGUUUUUAUCUGAUAUUUCUAAAUUAUGUUAGUGUAUAUUCUGUGAGUAGUAUAAUUUUAGCUUCUUUAAGAUAUAAAACUAUGAACAAAAUCAAAUGUGACCUUUUUGAGAAAAUUUACUUUUGUAUUUUUAAAAAGAAAUGCAUGCUUUUUUUAAACGAUAUCUCGAGUUUUAUUAAGAAGUUUGAAAUCUUAUAGAUAGCACUAUAAAUUGCUGCAGAGAAAAUUAAAUUGUGUACAUUUAUUCCUGAGAUACAAUAUUUAAAAUAAAUUCUUUAAUUUUUUCAUAAUUCACCUAAAUAUUUAAAAUAAGUCUCACAUUUUGCCUUGGAAAGCAAUUUAUUUUAGCCUCCUACUUCCGCGACAUUACGAGUGUCAGGCUGUUUGAUUUCAUAUGAGAUCUGUAUGGAUAUGUGUUUGAAAAACUUGUUGUGUCUAAGCGAAUUUUAUUGUCCUUGCAGUUAGGUGCUAAGUGUCUGGAAAGACAAGUGGAACAGACAUUGUGGCGGAUGGAAGAAAAGCGAAAUAUGUUUUAUUUGUAUAUAUAUAUAAACGGAUCAAUUGAUCAUGAGAGAUACGAGAUCGAAACUGUUGGUCGUAUAAAAAAGAUUACUUGAUACACAUUCGCAGUACACGUGUUUAGUAUUAAGUUACGAGUCUUACACAUCAGAGUGAGAAUCAUUGAUGUAACACAUUUUCUAAGUGAAUGUGAUACCGAAUGAAUUUUGAAAUUGUAGUCGUUGAAUUCAAAUGGAUAAGAAAACUUGUUUAUUUUGUGGAUAGAUCUUGUAGAUUCUGAACAUAAUAGACUGUAUUAUUUUGAAGAAUUGGGAACGGCUAAACUGCGAUAUGCCAUCUGGGGCAAAAAAUCAUAACUAGAAAGAGUAGGUCGAGUCGUAAAUGUGCAUUUUCAUUAAUUUGUGCAUAAAAAGCGAUUUACGAUUGUGUAGUGAACUUUAAAGCAGUCAUUACAUAAAAACAGUUGCAAUCAUAUAUUUUUAAGAAAACAAGAACACAAAGUAAACCUUCAAUAAUUUAUACAUGAAA